UUUCCGGUUAUUUCCCGAAAUUUGAGGUUUUCCCAGUAGCCAAACAAGUCAUCAAUCAAUCUAAAAACCGGGAGGUAAAGGGAUUUGUUAGGGUUUAUGCAAAGGAACUGCAACUUACAUUCCCUUUCUCUCUCUGUUAACAAGAGAAAUUUCGGUGUGAACAUCAUGAAGCGGGCAUUGCCAUGGAGUGACCAGGUUGAUGUAAUUUCAUCAGAUGAAUCUUCAUCAUCAUCAUCAUCAUCAUCAUCAUAUUCUUCUUUCGAUGUCGAGGUUCAGGUCAAUGAUGAAACCAAAAAUGUCGCAGUUGAUCAACCUCCUAAAGAAUUAUCCUCUGAUGGCUUGUUGAUCAGAAAGGCUGAAAUUUAUCAGGAAUAUAUGAAGCAAUUACCAAUUCCGACACAACGGGGUUCUGUUAUUCCGUUUACCACAUGGAUGGGAUUAGGCAGAUCCAUCAAACAAUUAUAUGGGCAGCCUUUGCAUUACCUCACUAACAUUCUCCUAAAACAGUGGGAUCAUUCAAGAGUCGGCAGUGAGGACGAGCAUAGGCCCCUUGACAUCAUCGUUCAUCCUUGCAAAGCUGAAGCCACUGUCUGGCUCGUUGAAGAACUUCAUCGACAGACCUCAUCACAUCAUCACAUGGCCAAACUGUGGCAGUCAGAUCCAAUGCACCAUGCUUUCAUCGAUUCCAUUUUCCCUCAAUUGUGAAGUGCAUGCAGAACUGUCCACAAGGUUUCACAUGGCCUGCCCCUGAUUCUGUGACAAAAAGAAAUAUGGAUUUUAAGUAGGAGGUUUGGAAAAUGUUCAUCUUUCCUCCAUUUCAUCCUGUAAAAAUGUUGUUAUUUUGUUAAUGUAGUUCCAAUAUACGUUCAGGAUGAAAAGGAUUGCACAAGUUACUAGUUUCUUUCUUUCUGUCCAUGUGUGUUUGUAGUUAUCAUGUUAUAUUGCAUAAACCUUCUGGAGAAAAUGUAGUCUGGAUGUCGAGCCUGCUGUUGUCUUGUAUCUGAAUGAAAGAUUAUUACGAGGUUCAUUUCA